UAAGCCCGGGCUGUGCUUUCACCAGGGCCCCUGAUGGUGGGGAUGGACUUGAAACAGUCCCCGGGCCAGGUCACGACCUCCGAGCAGGCCCACCAGUGGCUGAGGAGACCUUUGGGGACAGGUACCGGGAGAGCCAGAUAUAAAGAGGAUGGCGGCCCCCAGCAGGGUAGUAACGGAUCGUGGGCCCGCGAAGAGUAGUCGGGUCACACGCAGGGUCAGCAGGGAAGUCAGUCCGUAGAAUGGUCAGGGCAAUCCGGGUCAAACGCAGGAGCAGG